CCGCGCACACUACAGCCACCUCAGCCACUGAGGCCGACACCGAUGAUGCUUUGCAUACGCGCCGGCUAGCAGUGGAGCGUGGAGGUGCUGGGGGCAUGCCACCAAGCACAGCAGGUGCUGACAGUGGGCAAUCGAAUCAAUCAAGCGAUGUUGACGAGCUACAGCACUAUGAUAAAGGCAAAAUGAUCAAAUCAAUGACACGCGCUACCGACCAUCUCAAGUCACAGGAUUUUCAAGUUUGCAUUACCAUAAUUGAAGCUAGACAGCUGCCUGGCCUUAAUAUGGAUCCAGUUGUUUGUAUUCAAGUGGGCGAUCAAAAGAAAUAUACCAGCGUCAAGGAGAGCACCAAUUGUCCGUACUACAAUGAGUAUUUUGUGUUUGACUUUCACAUGCCGCCAGUGAUGCUAUUUGAUAAAAUUAUAACGUUAUCGGUUCUCCAUAGUCGUAAUGUUUUACUGCGAAACAAAUUGAUUGGUAAUUUCAAAUUGGAUAUUGCCACCGUUUGGAAUCAUGCAGAUCACCAAUUCUACCAUAAAUGGGCGUUACUCUCCGAUCCAGAUGAUUUCUAUAGUGGUCCAAAAGGUUAUCUAAAAUGUGAUAUUGGAAUAAUUGGCAAAGGUGAUACCGUGAAGGUGCCUCAAAAAUCUGAAAAAGAUCCUGACGACAUCGAAGCAAAUCUACUGCUACCCGUCGGCGUACCCAUCGAGCGCCAACGUGCCAAAUUCAUUGUGAAAAUCUACCGUGCCGAUGGCUUGCCGCGCAUGAAUUCUUCGCUUAUGGCUAAUGUGAAGAAGGCCUUCACUGGCGAGUCUAAAGAUUUGGUCAGCCCUUAUGUGCAGGUUUCAUUCGCUGGAUUAAUGGGCAAGACCACAGUCAAGAAGAAUGCUUACGCACCAGUUUGGAAUGAACAGCUGGUGUUUACUGAAAUGUUUCCGCCGCUAUGUCAGCGCAUAAAGAUUCAACUACGCGACGCUGAUCCCAUGAAACCGGCCAUUAUUGGCACACAUUACAUUGAUCUCAAGCAAGUAUCCAAUGAUGGCGAUAGAGGAUUCCUACCCACUUUCGGUCCCUCCUUCAUACAUCUUUAUGGUUCUACACGCGAUUAUACGUUACUCGAUCAACACUCCAAUCUAAAUACCGGCUUAGGCGAGGGAGUCAGCUAUCGCGCACGUCUACUACUCGCCAUACGCACUGAAAUUACCGACAACAUCGAAAUCACCACCGAGAAGAAUGUCGAACUCGAGCCGGCAUAUCCGAUUACAGAAUCCUCGUACUCACGCAAUGAGGAAUUCUUUCUUUUUGGUUCUAUCAUUGAAGCCUCCAUGUUGGAUAAGAAAGUAAGCGAUAAAACGGUAUUCUUUGAGCUCAGCAUGGGUAAUGCUGGCAACUCGCUGGACGGUCAUAAUGAAAGCUUCUCUACAGCCACCGAUGAUGGUGAAGACGUCUGUGUGCUGGAAACAGUCGAUACCACCUCUUUUAGCAGCGUCACGAAUGCUUGUAAGCCCAUCAGUCACGAUAAGUCACACUAUUACCUGCCCUACUGGGACUAUAAGCCAUGCAUGGAUGUGAGAUGCACACUGCCGGAUCUGCGGCGACGUAUGUACAAUAGCAAUAUGCUAUCGAAAAUGUCGGAAAAUUUGGAAGAGGGCUUGACAAAAACGCAUAAGCUCAUUGAGGAGGAAGAUGUUAAGGCAGAAGUGCGUCUGCGCACCACACUUGAAGACUUGGCGUCAGCUUGCACCCGCUAUAUAAGUAUAACCAAAGCGAAUAUAACUGGACCGGGCAGCGGCAAGACUAAGUUGGACAAAGAACGCAUAAAGCUAUGUCAAAGUGAAAUCGAAACCCUUGGUAACUUGGCGCGCAAUCUACGCGCAUUGGUAACACGUAGUUCACUUAAAGAGCGCUUCAAGACCGCACAGACGUUCCAACAAAAGCUGAAAUUGCUCAUCGACGAUCCUCAGCACUCAUUGCCGGAUAUAUUUUUAUGGCUAAUCGCUAAUGGCAAACGUUAUGCGUAUCAUCGCAUGUCCGCACGCGAUUUGAUUUACUCUAAUAUCGAGGAGGAAAGUGGUGUACAUUGUGCGAAAAUACAAACCAUCUUCUUGAGAUUGCCUGGCAAACAGUCAAUUGGUCCAGCCAGCUGGUUUAUACAAGCCAAGCUAUCUAUUUACCUAUGGUUGGGCGUUGUGGGUCAUAAGGGAUACUUCUUCGAGGGUCUGCCUAUCGGUUAUGAUCUAUCACACGAGCUGCGUAAUGCGGAAAGGCCUGGCGCUAUGGCGCCAAAUAACAUCCAUUAUCUCGAGAAAUCUACCUUUCAGUUGCGCGCACACAUCUAUCAAGCGCGCUCUCUAAUCGGCUCCGACGCGUCCGGUCUCAGUGACCCUUACGCCACUGUCUACAUAACCGAAUUCGCUAAGACCACACAAGUAAUCGAAGAAACAUUGAGUCCCACCUGGGAUGAAUUGUUGGUUUUUGAUGAAAUUUUAGUAUUUGGCACCAAAGACGAGAUCAAGAAAGACCCACCUACCAUAAUCAUUGAGAUUUAUGAUCAAGACAAAGUUGGUAAGUCAGAGUUUAUUGGCCGCGCUAUUGCAAAGCCGCGCGUAAAGCUACGUGAGAAUGUUUAUACAACACCCACACUGGAAUGGUUCGAUAUUGUACGUGGACACGAAAAUGCUGGCGAGUUGUUGGCCGCUUUUGAAAUGCUCGAAAUCGGUUCUACCGAUAUGCCACGCCUCACCGAACCCAAACCACUUUCCGCCAGCCAACAAGAGAAGAUCAAAGACAAAAAUGCGUCUCCACCACCGGGCACCAUCUUUCCUGUGCCGAAAGAAGUACGUCCACACUUAGCGAAAUUCAAAUUAGAAGUACUCUUUUGGGGCCUGCGCGAUCUAAAGCGUGUUCAUCUAAUGUCAGUCGACAAGCCACGCAUCGAUGUUGAGUGUUCGGGCAAAAUACUCAGCUCGAAUAUUAUACAGAACGCAAAAAAGAAUCCGAAUUUCCCCAGCAUGUUAAAAUCCAUAGAAUUGGAGUUGCCGCUUGAGGAAACCUAUGCACCACCAAUCACCAUACGUUGCGUAGAUUGUCGCUCGUUCGGCCGAUAUACUCUGGUGGGUACACAUCAAAUCACUUCUAUACACCGGUACAUAUACAAAGCCCCACCGAAAGAAGACAUCACCAAAUACAAAACCAUGGGUGGGCAGAUUAUUUUGUCGGCGCCCUUGAACGAGGAGGGUUUGAACAAUCUGGUCGAUGGCUUCAAUAUGCAAGCAAUGAUUGCCGCUAACGCACAGCAAGCGAAUAUGAAGGACUUCUACGGAAAUCGACGUUCCUCCUGUGAUCAGUUUACGCUCUAUGGCGCGGCCUGCGUUACGAAGCUUGCCAAGAAGCAAGCAUCAAAAAAGAAAUCAUCGCAGGUGAGCAACCCGAAUGAAAUUAUCCAGGAACAGGACCACGACGAUGAGCUUAGUCGCGAUUGGUGGACAAAAUAUUUUUGGUCUUAUGAAAGACUCAUCGAUCUGACUAAAACGGAGAAAACACACAUCUCUGAUAAAUUUCUAACUCCACCGGUUAAUGCCACGCCCAACAAUGUACAAAAAUUUGGUAUGAAAAGUUCAAAGUUGGUGCAAAAGUUGAGUCCAAAAGGUAUGACUGGCAUAGCGCGCGGCAAGUAUGAACCGGGCAGCGAAAAAGUGUCACCCAAUCAGCAAACUAAUAGGACAAAUAUGAACUCAACAGCUGUGUGCCAGAUCUAUCCCAACGAACUGGAGGCGCAAACAGAAUAUAACUAUUUCCGUGAGUGGCUGCACUCAUUUGCGCUCUAUCGCGGCAAGAAGACCGGCGACUCCGCCGAGGACGAUAAUCGCACCGUUGGCUUCUUUAAAGGCGCCAUCAAAGUCUACAAACUACCACCGCCAAAGGGCACCGAGCUGCCUAUACCCAACUUACCCGCCAAUGAUCCACUUCACGUGCUUGUUCGUAUCUAUAUAAUCAAGGGCACAGAUCUGCAUCCCAUGGAUCUGAAUGGCAAAGCGGAUCCAUAUGUCGUGCUGCAGUUAGGCAAUAAGCGAUUAUCUGAUAAGGAAAACUACGUCAGCAAGCAACUAAAUCCGAUAUUUGGUAAGUGCUUCGAAGUGGAAGCCACAUUUCCACAGGAUUCAAUGCUGACCGUGCAAAUAUUUGACUGGGAUUUGGUGGGCUCCGACGAUCUGAUAGGCGAGACGAGAAUCGACUUGGAAAAUCGCUACUAUAGCAAACAUCGUGCAACCUGCGGGCUAGCGCUGAGAUAUGAAGUCUGCGGCUAUAAUCAGUGGCGCGACCCUAUGAAACCCACACAGAUUCUAUCGAAGCUGUGCAAAGAAAACAAACUGGAUACGCCGCAUUAUUUUCAAGAUCGUGUGGCGAUCGGCAAGUAUUGUAUGACCUUCUCCGACGAAGAGGUAAUAGCAUGGAAUGGACCAACUACUUGUAGAAAUCGUGACGAGCAUCUGGCGCUGGCUGUGCUGCAUAGAUGGAGUGAGAUACCCAGAGUGGGGUGCAAGAUUGUUCCUGAACAUAUCGAGUCACGUCCUUUGUACAAUCCCGAAAAGCCCGGCAUUGAACAGGGAAAAAUCGAAAUGUGGGUGGAUAUGUUUCCCAUGGAUAUGCCGCUGCCAGGUCCACCAGUAGAUAUAUCGCCGCGAAAACCCAAAGAAUACGAGUUGCGCGUGGUUAUAUGGAAUACGGACGAUGUGGUGCUGGAAGAUGACGCAUUCUUUACGGGCGAAAAAAUGUCCGACAUUUAUGUAAAAGGUUGGCUGACGGGUCCGCAAGAUAUGCAAUCUACGGAUAUACAUUAUCGUUCACUCACCGGCGAAGGCAACUUCAACUGGCGUUUCAUCUUUCCCUUCGAAUAUCUGGCGGCCGAGGAACGCAUUGUGCUUUCGCGUCGCGAAUCGCUAUUCAGUUGGGACGAGACAGAGGUGAAAAUACCAGCGCGCUUGGAACUGCAAGUAUGGGAUGCAGAUCACUUCUCAGCAGAUGAUUUUCUUGGUGCCAUAUCCUUCAACUUGAAUCGUUUUCCGCGUGGCGCCAAAAGCUCUAAGCUUUGCACUCUAGAUAUGCUUAAGUCAGACUCUAAUGCGCCUACGGUAAAUAUAUUCAAGCAGAAGCGCGUGCGUGGUUGGUGGCCAUUCUAUGUAAAGAAGCAGAAUGAGGAGAUGGAGUUAACUGGCAAGGUGGAAGCCGAGUUCCAUUUGCUGACAAAGGAAGAAGCCGAACAGAACCCUGCAGGCUAUGGACGCAGUGAACCGGAUCCGUUGGAGAAACCAAACCGCCCAGAUGCCUCAUUCAUGUGGUUCCUAAAUCCGCUCAAGUCGAUACGCUACAUCGUGUGGCACAAUUACAAAUGGGCUAUUCUCAAGGCUUUAUUGAUUUGCGGCAUAUGUUUGUUCUUCAUACUAUUCGUCUAUUCGGUGCCUGGAUACUCGGUCAAGCGUUUGUUAGGUGCUUAAGCGGGAAAAACGGUGUGCAAAGCACGAACGAUAGAGUUAAAAAUUUUUGGAGGUAGAAAUUUAGGCGUAUAUUUUUGAAAAGUUUCAAAUAUUGGCAAUCAAAUUUUCACUUAACAUCAAAUUAAUAUGCAGGGCUUAUUGGUUAUUUAUAGCGCUUUCUUUUCUACAAAAAAUGUUUCACUUCUAUUGUCCAAAGGUAAUAUCCCUGAAUUCGCAAGUUACCGUCGGCUUCCCUAAUAAUCAGUAAAAGGCCUUAGUAGGCGAACUCCUUACAAGAAAAAUUAACUCAACUUUAUCUGAUCAAAAAAAUAUGUUCUGAAUUUUCUUUGUCUUCAAGGCAGAGCCAACUCUCUGACGCUUUGGUCACCAAAUUGGUGAAUAUAAAAGCGUUAUCCGUUAUGACCAGUGAGACACCGAGAGAGUAACUUUUAUAUCCCUUCUAUUUAAUAUCCUACCCAUGAAAAGUAUAUCCCCAGACCCUGACUUGUGUAAUGCCCCCCACUAACUCUCCCCACUACUACGUUAGGUUAGGUUGUCUUGGCUGUUAUCAUCCAGCACGUCCGUCUUCUUUUUAUUUAGAAACAUAACCAAUUUGUAGCUCUGAUGUCGCGUUCUAAAUUGUAGAAUCUGGUUCAUCCAAACAUUUAAAGUGUAGAGGAGAAACGAUCAUAGAUGAGUACUCGUUAAAGCGGGGGAGUGGCUGGACGCUUUCGAUUUUCUCCAUAUCUGAAUAUCAGAAAAUACAUCUCUGCAUAAUAAUCAAUAGAAGUAUCGAUCAGACAUCUUACAGCUUUGUUGAUCGCUGUUGGUUCAGCUUGAAAAACGUUACAUAUAUCUGGCAAACGAUAACUGAGGCUAAGUGAGAAUUCUUGCGAGUAUACCCCACUUCCCACCUUCAGAUCUAACUUAAGCCGUUAGAGUAGAUGGCUGUUGAAUAAGAGUACGCGAUCAGAACGGAAUGCUUCCCCCCAUUCACGCCUUAAUUGAAUUCUUGUUUGGAAACUAUUCCUUAGUGCAGUAGUCGGUCUGUGUAGAACAGGUACCUGAAUUCAUCGGGAAGAUCUUCCAAAAUUCUAUAGUUUCCGAGCCGCGUGUCACUCAUAGCACUACAACUUUCCUGUAGUUUACUAAUAAAAUCUACAGAUAGAAAGUGAAGCAAGAUUGGAGUUUAGUCGGCGUUGAUGGUAAAGCUUCCGUGAUCAUUAUGCACACCAACCUACCAACCAGUACAAAUAAAAAUGGCCAUCUAAGUUUACCCACUGAGCAAUUAUGGAUCGUCCAAAGAUAGUUGAGGAUUCUUUCCGUACCAGCUAGCCGGUUACCUCGUUGUCUUCAGCGUCUAGAAUCAAAGGCGUGGAGGUCGAUGGUCUGGUUAUGCGAAUUUUUACUAGGAACUUUCUGCCAAAGUCAGUCGCCUCGGUCAUGGAGUAAGUCCGCUUCUUGCCAAGUCUGGUAUCUUCUUGAGAACACCGAAAUGAAGCUUCUUACGAAUGCGACUAAUUUCACUGCAAGGAGCUUCUCAGGGUUAGUCAGGAAAUGCGAGCCAUAAUUUGUCCAUCAUAUCCUCGGGAAAGCUGCGCAGUCUAAGAGAAUGCUUCCACCGGAUCAUCCUCUAGGCGGCUGCUAUAGAAGCGAUCAGGUAAGAUUCCUACCCUCAGCACGUGAAUAUCAAACUCACAGCGGCUUGUCAGAAGGAUAGUCCAGUUGAGCGUGCCCUGUUUUCUAGCCAGGGCUCGCUGAGCUUACAUGACACUCAAUCGUUCAAGAGUGAACCAGAGGAGAAUAUAGAUAUCCCCAACUGCUCUUUAUCCGGCGAUAAUAUAUACAAAAGGGCAUUUUCUUCGCCUCGCAGUUUACCGCAAAGUCGUUGUGGCCCUGAACCCAAUUACAUACAUAUUUUCACCUGAAAGACACCCCGCAAAAAACACCUAAACUUACUCUCCCUUCAAGAAUUCCUAUAGUCAACUACGCGAUUGAAUGGUAAUAUGAAUCCAUACCAAACUCUUGUAAGUGUUUAAAUUAAUUAUUUGAAUUCAUCACUUAUUUUUUAAUUACAUGAAAUCAAUCUUCGAUUCCCUUAAAGUUAAGUUCGUGCAAACUGUAAUGUCUGCUCUUUCAUAGUUCGAAAGAAAACUAUGUAAUUGAUUUUUUUAACGACUCGUUUAACUUGCUUAAAAUGUU